AUGACACAAACAGAGACCGGGAACGGCCUGGUCGGCACAGAACGCGACCCAUGUCCCCUCCUGGGGCAGUUGGCAGGGGAUUUGACAGCCGGAGCUUUCUCCGCAAUUUUGAUCUCCCCGGCAGUCACGAUACUAGAUCGGGCGGUGGUGGAGAGAACAUCAACAGGACGGCCCCUCAUCCGAGGUCUUCGCUCGCAGCUGUCUUCCGCCCUCCGCCGACCACGAUCCUUCUUCCUGGGCAAGCCUCUGGGGAUAGUCUGGACCCUUUAUGCGGCGACUUACGUCACAGCAAACGCUGCAACGACACUAGCUGAGAGAUACGACGGCGCCGCAGCCGUGAGCACGGCGACAUUCGCCUCCACGUUCCUCGUCAACGUGCCCCUUGGCGUGUGGAAGGACCUCCGGUUUGCCGAGAUAUUCGGGUCCAGCAGCAGCGCGUCCGGGGCCACGGCGGUAUCGACGACACCGCGAGGGCUCCCGAGAGCAGCAACCGCCACUUUCUUGAUCAGGGACGCGGUGACGAUCUUUGGGUCGUUUACUCUCCCGACGUGGGUAUCGGCUGCUAUCCCGGACAGCGUGACGGCUUCCCCACAUGCCAAGGCGACGCUCACGCAGCUGACGGUGCCGGUGAUGUCUCAGCUGGUCGCUUCGCCGAUUCACCUGAUUGCGUUGGACUACUACGAGAGGCAGAGGAAGCUGCCGUUCUCCGACAGGGUUGCGAAGACGAAGGAGCAUGUGCCGUCGACGAUAGUCAUGCGGUGUAUUAGGAUCAUUCCGGCGUUCAGCAUUGGGUGCGUUGCGAAUCUGGAGUUCAGGUCAAUGUUUCAUACGUGGUUAGGCUCAAUAACUGGAAAAUAA